UUUUUUCUAGGCCGGGUCUCUGGGUUAUUGAAUGGAGCCAGUGACCUGUCAGUCUUGACUGAUGGGAGCCCCUGUGUGGGAAAAUCCCACAGCCAAAGAGCUGGGAGCAUUCACAUGCUAAUUGAGGCAGAUAAAUAAGAGGGCCGCGCGGCGCCGAGGGCCCUAGAGACGAGCUGAGAUCCAGAGGAGCAAACAUGACCGCUUCAUCCACGGCGCACAACGUGGGGAGACAUCCCAGCGCCAAGGAGGAGAGAAAGAUGAGGAAGCCGCUGAUCGAGAGGAAACGACGAGAGAGGAUCAACAACUGUUUGGAUCAGCUCAAAGACACUGUGAUCGGAGCGUUCAGCCUAGAUCAAUCCAAACUGGAAAAAGCCGACAUUUUGGAAAUGACAGUGAAGCAUCUGCAAAACAUCCAGAGCAGCCACGACCCCACAUUAGGCCUGGAGGCUCAGCAGAAGUACAGCACAGGUUACAUCCAGUGCAUGCAUGAAGUCCACAACAUGGCACUCACCUGCGAGUGGAUGGACAAAACUCUGGGCUCUCGCCUGCUCAAACACCUCCUCAAAUCUCUGCCCAAAUCUAAAGAGGAGGGGCCGCCUUCACCCCGAAAUGAUGCUCCUCUCCCAGGGUUCUCCCCCCUCAGAGGAGACCUGGAGAUGUGGAGACCCUGGUGACCCUCUGGAUGGUUGAUGUAUCCGUUAUGUAUCUUAUAGAUAUGCUGCUCAGAAGACAAACGUGGGGCAGUUUUUGUUCCGGUGGUUAUUAUGAUUAUUGUGGAUGUGCUAUAAUGAUUCCUCAGUACUUCCCUUUAGAAGUCGACCUCUCGUAGCCUGCAUUAUAGAAGGCUCCUAUUAAUCUUUUUGUGUAUUUAUUGUAUUAACUGCUUUAUUUAUUUGAUAUUAUAAGGCAUUUUAAGACUAAACUAUUCUGCUUGCUAUUGCGUAGAUGUUUAUGUAUUCCUCCUUUGCUGUAGGAUUAACCCGAACGACAAUAAUAAUAAAGCUUUUAUUCAUCUUUGUGAAAAA